AUCUGCUCCCAGUCCAACGUGGUUCCUUCUCUAAGAGUGCCGCUUCUCGUCCACACUUAUUUGCUUUAUGAAGACGCAGCGAUGAACGCCGAACAGGACAGACCGUACGUCUGCAACGCCCCGGGAUGCACCCAGCGAUUCCCCACAGAGGACCACCUGAUGAUUCACCGGCAUAAACAUGAGAUGACGCUGAAAUUUCCGUCUAUAAAGAAUGACAACAUGCUUUCAGACCAGACGCCAACGCCAACACGGUUUCUGAAGAACUGUGAGGAGGUGGGGCUCUUCAGUGAGCUGGACUGCUCCAUAGAGCAGGAGUUCUGUAAAGCCCAAGAAGAAGAGGACAACAAACAGAGUCUGUCUCUGCACGGCCCGGGGGGGCAGAACCAGCACCAGAGCAGCCACAUGCGGGUGGCGAACCACGGCUCGGGCAUCGUGAUCCAGCAGGCCAUCCCUUCGCCCCAGUCCAGCUCUGUCAUCACUCAGGCCCCGUCCACCAACCGGCAGAUUGGGCCCGUUCCCGGCUCGCUCUCUUCCCUGCUCCACCUCAGGAACAGACAACGCCAACCGCUGGCUGCCUCCAUGGCCGGCCCGCUGCCCGAUCCCAGCAUGCCCGGUUCCUCCGCGGUGCUCAUGCCCAUGGACAGCCAGAUGAGCAUGGGCUCCAGCGUGAUGAGCAUACAAAGCCCCGCCCACAGUAAUGCCUGCUCCGCCUCCCACAUCCCCCCCAUGCACUCAGAGACAAAACAGAGACUAAAGGCUGCACUCGGACAUCACCCUGGAGCCAUCGCCAACGGCAACAUGAACGCCAUGGGCCACAUGAUGGACAUGAUGUCGUCGCGGCAGGAGCAGGCCACUCAUCAGCACCUGCACUCCCACCCGCACCCGCAGCAGCACCUGCAGGCUCCGCCCCACGGCUACCAGCACCACGCCCAUCAGCACCAGCACCACCACGGCCACGCGCAAGGCCACGCCCAGAGCGGGCACCACCACCCGCAGAGCCACGCCCACCACCCACACCCUCCACAUCUGCAUCCUGGCCACGCCCACCAGACCUCCCCCCAUCAGUCACUCCACUCCAGAGCCCCCUCCCAGCCGUCUCCGGCCACUCAGCAGAUGCAGCCCACGCAGAGCCUGCAGUCACCGCAGCCCAGUGGUGGCCGGCGCAGGCGGGUCAUGGACGAAGACCCGGACGAGCGCCGGAGGAAGUUCCUGGAGAGGAACCGUGCGGCCGCCACACGCUGCAGACAGAAAAGGAAAGUGUGGGUGAUGUCGCUGGAGAAGAAGGCGGAGGAGCUCACCCAGACCAACAUGCAACUGCAGAACGAGGUGACCAUGCUGAAGACAGAGGUAACGCAGCUGAAGCAGCUCCUGCUGACCCACAAAGACUGCCCGGUCACAGCCAUGCAGAAGGAGUCGCAGGGGUAUCUCAGUCCAGAAAGCAGUCCGGCAGGAAGUCCCAGCCCUGUGUGUACUCAACAGCAGGUCAUCCAACACAACACCAUCACCACCUCCACUGCAGUAGGGGGCAAAGCUGUGCUGGGGCAGCUCAGCACUCGCACAGGCAUCAACCCCAUCCUCUAGAGACUGUGCCUGACCCGACCCACUGCUCUGUUCCAGGGGUUCACAUGUGUCAGGAUUUCUUGCAGAAAAAAAAAAACACUCAAGCUUGAAACUUGUUUUUUCUAUGCGAUCUUCUCUAGCUGUCUUUAUGGGUUUUUUGUGUGUCUGUUCUCAAUUUGUUAUCUUUAUUUUAGCUUAAACAGAUAUUCAGGAUUUGAA